UUUUAGACAGCAGGCAGGGUUACUCCUGUUUGCUCUGUGUGUCUGUGUUUUAUUAUAGAGAUUAGGUUUCAGGCUGUAAUAGCCUGUCAUGCAUUGUUAUAUGGAAAGUUACCGUUCCGUUGUACUACGGUUGUGCUAUUCCCAACAGGGACUUCAGUCAGCCCAAUGAUCGUUUCUGGUAUCAGUCGCGUGUACAGAUUUAGAAACGGUUUCAAAGGCGAACAAUAUGAAUGCUGGGAUUGUUCCUUGAGAGAUGGCAGCAAAAGUUUGCUUUUUUUGCUUUUUCUUGGCAGGGCUAUGUUGAGCAUAACUCGUCUCUGUUGAAAUCUGGGCCAACUCUGGGCAAGGAAUAUGGGAGAAGUGUGUCUAUAGCAGCUGCCGGUAGAUCUCCAGCUUCUUAACAACAGCCCUGGACUUUGAGAAGGAGCACAUGAUCACUCCAGUGUUUUCAAGUCUCCCAGGAUGUCUCGGCGGAGCCUGCGUCUGCACACUAUCACUGGUCUCUAUGGCGACGACAGCCUAGACUCUAAUCUGAACCACAAUGUGUACCACGGUGCCUCCUUCAGCGCAGGAGGAGCCAGUCGCAGAGAGUCCAAGGGGUUGAAGAGCAGGAGGUCUCAGCAGCACUCUGUCUCCUGCACCCAGUCUCUGCUCAGCACCACGCCCCAUAAGAGCCAGCAUGGCUCCCGGCAGCACAACAGCAGCGUGAUCGCCAGUGACGCCUCCAUGCUGGACGAGUCGUGCAUCCAGGAGCGCACGCUGGUCGGCAGCUUCUGGGGUUUGGAUGAAGCUUCUGAAGAUAAAGAGCGGACCAUGGCGGUAGACCACAGUAUGUGUAGGACCAAUGGAGACAUUAACUCUGUACAGACCCAGACCUCCAUGGUGAACGGUAGCUUCUGUAAGGACUUCCCUAUCCCCUCGGACAGACAUGAGGCUCUAAGCACCUACUCCUCGUCCUCCACUGGUGCCUGCUCUGCCACCAGCUACCAGGCCCUGACAGCCCCCUGUACGUCCCCUCCCUCCACGGUCUACGCCAGGGACAAGAGCCGCAAGCACAAAACGGGUCUUCUGGUGUCCGUCUCGGACACCUGUGUGCGUGUGAGCAGGAGGGCAGCAGCAUCUGUGGCAUACGUCUUCUCACUGCUCUUAAAGAGUGUACUGAUGAGGACACACAAGAAUGGUGAAGCUCUCUCCAGCCACUGCGGAAGCAUGCGUGUAAAGGAGUUGGGGACUGACGGGAAGCACAUGCAUCUGAUUGGCUCUCUGUGUGAUGACUGCAAACGGAAGCAGCACGCGGAGACACACGCAACCUACACCACAUGGGCCUCCCGGUCACACCACGUGUUGGGAGCACUGUGGCUCGCCGCUGUUUACACAGGCUCAAGUGUGUUGUGGGUUGGGCAGGAGGCAGGCUCAGCUGUCUGGGCCGUGAUGAGGAGGAUGCUGUCGGUUCCCUGGUUGGCAGUUAGGUCCCCAGGCAAGGCAGUGACGGGGGUCUUCUGGUGGCUUGGGACUGGAUGGUACCAUCUGGUUACCCUUCUCUCUCUGCUCAACGUCUUCGUCUUGACCCGUUACCCUGCCAAGCUCCUCAAACUCCUGUUGAUUUUGCUCCCAUUCCUCAUCCUCCUGGCUCUGUGGCACUGGGGUCCAACCAGCCUGCUGUCUGUAUUACCUGCCGUUAACACCACUGAGUGGAUGACGGCCUACUCCCUCAGUUUCACCUCUGCCCAAGCCCAGACCAAAGAUGGGCAGUCCACCAUGACUCCACCACCACUACCACCAGCUGUCUCACAGCCAGGCAGUGUGUCCGUGUCUGUGGACUCUGAGCGCCUGGCCCAGUUGGAGCAGAGGCUGGCCCAACUGUGGGAGAAGGUGGAGGGAGGGGGCCAGAGGCAGGAGCAGCAGCACAGAGAAGUGCUGGGUCUCUACCAUUCUCUAGGAGAGCAGCUGGACACUCAGGCGGACAGGGACAGCAUGGGGCUGUGGGUGUCUGGCCUGCUGGAGGAGAGACUCACCCUACUGAGGAGAGAGAUGGAGAAGGAUGCAGUACUGAAGAGGGAACAGGAGCAGGUUGUGGUGCAGCAGCAGGGCCAAGAGUCUCGUCUUGCUCAACUAGAGGUUCUACUGCAGACACUGGCUGCCAAGACAGAGGAGGUGCAGAGGAGGCAAGUUGAGACUGCCAGUGCCACGCCAGUUCCUGCGCCAGUCAGUGAGUCCCAUGAUGCCUUGCUGGCGGAGGUGCAACGGCUGGAGGCGGCACUGGGGAGCAUUAGACAGGACCUGCAGGGGGUGAUGGGAUGCCAGGGCAUGGGGGACCGCUUGAACCAUCUCCAUGACAUGGUGUCUGUUCAGGUGAGGCGAGAACUGCGGAUCCUGUUCUACGGCAGUGAGCAGGCCGGAGAUUCCGAACCCGGGGAGAAGGAACUCCCUGAGUCACUAAUGCAGUGGCUCUCUGAGCGUUAUGUGAGCGGGGCAGACCUGCAGGCCUCUCUGGCCUCCCUGGAGCUCAGCAUCCUGCAGAACGUGAGCCUGCAGCUUGAGGAGAACAGGGCCAGGCAGGAGAUGCUCAGCACUGAGACGGUCUCUCAGACCGUGAUGCACACUGUUGGGGCCGGGAUGUCCGAGGAGCAUGUGCAGCUGAUGGUGAAGAAUGCUCUGAAACUCUACUCCCAGGAUCGGACCGGCCUGGUGGACUACGCUCUGGAGUCUGGAGGUGGCAACAUCCUGGGCACUCGCUGCUCUGAGACGUUUGAGACAAAGACGGCACUGAUGAGUCUGUUCGGCCUCCCACUCUGGUACUUCUCACAGUCUCCUCGUGUGGUCAUACAGCCCGACGUCCAUCCAGGGAACUGCUGGGCUUUUCAGGGUUCCCAUGGUUACCUAGUGAUGCGUCUCUCCAUGAGGAUCGUGCCCUCUGCCUUCUCAUUGGAGCACAUCCCCAAAGACCUGUCGCCAACAGGCAACAUCGACAGCGCCCCACGCCAGUUUAACGUCUAUGGUCUGGAUGAUGAAUACCAGGAGGAGGGUAAGCUACUUGGCAGCUAUACCUACCAGGAGGAUGGGGACGCGCUACAGACUUAUCCCGUCACCGAGGAGAACGAUAAAGCCUAUCAGACCAUUGAGGUUCGGGUGCUGUCCAACUGGGGACACACGGAGUACACCUGCCUCUACCGCAUCAGAGUGCACGGUCAGCCCAGUAUCAACUGAUGGCACAGAGUAGACCACCCUGCCUACAUUUGAAUGUUCUGCAGAUGACUGGAGGCAUAUUAUGCAAAAAAUUAUUGGAUGACAAACAGUGCUUUACUAUUGGUUGAAAAAUGUUUCAAGUACAUUUUUCUCAGUCUAUUUAGACAUGAGCUAUACGUAUUCUGAGACCAAACUGGAUUCUUGAGUGUUGAGCCCCUUCUCGCACAUGGUUAAACCAGGUUUUAGCAUGUUCUCUUACGAAUAAUGUAGACGUGUACAUUUUGUCAAUAGUAUGUCAUUUUUAAGUCUACUAAUGUCAAAUGCUUUGAAAGAUGUAUAUGCUGCAGUUAUUUAAAUGUUUAUUUUGUUUGUUUUUUAAAGGGAAGUAAGUAAGUUAGGGAUAUCUUGCACUGGUCCCUUCAGCCACAGAAAUCAGGCUUUGACCAUUAACCUUUUAUCGAUAAUCUACAAGUGCCCAGUUAUAAAUCUCAUUAUUUAUUUGUUUGUCCUGAUUUAGCAAUCUGUGUAAUAUAUUUUUUGUAAAGGCUUUUCAGACUAUUUGUAAAAUUGGCUUGGGACUAUACAGGUGUUUUUUUUAAAUAUAUAUAAUUUUAUUUUUGUCUUUUGUAACUUGUAAGAAAUGUUCAAAUAAAGACCUUAAUUUCCA